UCUAGUCGUUUCCGAAUGAGUCGUCGUCUUUUCUUACGUAUAGCCAACGAUUUGGCUAAUUAUGACCCAUUUUUCACACUAAGAUGGGAUGCUACAGGUAAAAGGGGGUUUACCACUUUACAAAAGUGUACGUCGGCAAUUCGCCAAUUGGCUUACGGUACAAGUAGCGACAUGUGGGAUGAAUAUCUGAAGAUGUCUGAUAGAACUUCACGAGAGAGUUUGUAUCAUUUUUGCAAAGGGGUGGUCAAGCUAUACAGCACGAAGUACUUACGAAGGCCAACAAAGAAUGAUAUCAUAAAGUUGUACCAGGCACACGAAAGUAAACAUGGUUUUCCUGGAAUGCUUGGUAGCAUAGAUUGUAUGCAUUGGCCUUGGCGUAAUUGCCCUAAUGCAUGGCGAGGUCAAUUUACUCGUGGUGAUCAUGGUCAUCCCACAAUAAUUCUAGAAGCCGUGGCAUCAAAUGAUCUUUGGGUUUGGCAUGCUUUCUUUGGUGUUCCUGGUUCGAAUAACGACAUUAACGUUCUUGGUCAGUCAGAUGUUUUCAAUGAUAUCAUUAAUGGUACGGGGCCUGAUUCUAGGUUUUCGGUUUCAGGAGUAGAAUACAAGCACGGGUAUUAUCUAGCUGAUGGAAUAUACCCAACAUACACAGCGAUUGUUAAAACUAUACCGUAUCCAGAAGAUGAAAAAAGAAAGAAGUUUGCAAAAUGUCAAGAAUCUGCUAGGAAAGAUGUUGAGCGUCUAUUUGGGGUUCUACAACAAAAAUGGCACAUAGUUGCAAACCCAGCACGAGCACUUGAACUCAAAACAUUGAGAUAUUGUAUGUAUGCUUGUAUCUUGCUGCAUAACAUGAUUAUCGAAGACGAAGGUAACGCCAUAUGUGAAUAUGAUCCUAACGACAUUCAUGAGAAUGUUGUACCAGUUGAUGAAGGGCAACAAGAAUCUAACAUGUGGGCGUUAUACAACGAGACUACGCAUAACCAUCUUCGUUCGGAUUUGAUUGAACAUGUUUGGCAAUUUGGUCGGGUUAACAACAACGAGUAG